CAUGUAGAAAAUGCGGCUGGUGAGAUUUUCGGCUUCGUGGGGGCGCAGAGUGUCACCGGCGAGGCGUGAAAUGUAACGUAAGAUGCCCAUGAGACAUCCGAGUGUGUUUCCACAGCUCUAUCGUGACGAUGCGACGAGCAGACAGUGAGAGAGACCACAACAAAGCUCGAGCGGGCAACAUGAGCGCGUUACCGCAGUGGAUGCGCAUGUAUUUCUACGGGAUGCACGGAGUUACUCUGGACAUCCUGAUGUCAUCUGUGCGCAGGUUUCAGGAUGACAACGACCUCCGAUUGUUGGGCUUCUCCUCGCCUUAUUUGUGCAUCGUCCACUCCAUCACGCAUUUGGUUUUGGAGAAGAUCUACAUGCAGAAGGAACGCUUCCGAGGGCGACCCGUCGUGUUCCAUCUCGUCUUCUAUCCAUCCCUGUACAUCUGCUUGCAGAUUUUAAUCGGGAAUGUGAUGUCUGUCACGCAGCUUGUCUUGCAUUAUAUGCUUGCGUUAUACUUCACCAAUGUCUUUCAUAAAGGCUUCCUGCGUCUGCAGUAUCACAAUAACCGGGUGUUGGAGAGAUCAUCGUACCCGAACGGGUUACCGGGCGUCCUGCGCUUUGUGUUCUUCGGGAUGCACGGCUUUCUGGAUGAGGUGGUGUUCACCUCGGUGUUCAACCUGUUCGACAAAGCAGACGGGACAUUGACGGGUCACACCUCCCUGUGGUCCUUCUUCAUGUAUGGAAGCUGCAGCUUCGUGGUGGAGAAGCUCUACCUCCAUUUACACUUCAGAAGAGGAUGGGGCACCUGGCAGAGGUUGCCCAUCUACAUCUGCUUCAUUUACACAUGGGAGUUCAUCUGGGGCUUCGUGCUCAGACUGUUUGGCGCGUGCUCGUGGGACUACUCGCAUUAUCCUCUCAAUUUCAUGGGCCUGGUCACAUUGCUGUAUCUGCCCGGAUGGGUUUGUCUCAGUCUGUAUCAGGACGUCUUGUCCAAUAUUCUGUUGAGGGUUGGCUGUAAUGAAAAGGAUGAGGGGAUGCCAGCCUGUGGUGCCAAUGGAAAGCCUGAAACAGAAAAAUUGGCCUUUUCAUAGUGUAUACUCCGGGGAACCAUCAAAAAAGGCACUGGGAUAUUAUUUUUUUUUGUAACAGGUUGUAUUUGUUAGCAUACGUUAAGCUCAGUCGACUGCAUUUGUGGCAUAAUGUUGAUUUGCGGCAUAAAAAAAUAAUUUUAGGUUCCAGUGAGCGGGGGCGGAUUAUGACUAGCAAGGGCCCGGGGCCAAUUUUCUUUUUAUUUAACAAAUACAGUAGACUCCUACAGGCAUUUCUGGCUCGCGCUGCUAUAUCUUUUCUAACUCAUCUGAAUGAUGGGGUGCUUUACCCUCCAUUGUGAGACCUUUGAAGGGCUGAAAGGUGUUGGGCUCAAAAAUAGUGGUCAUUUGGUCAUGUUUUGGAAAAUUCUGUUUGGAACAACCCUACAGCUUGCCUACCAUUAUUAUUCCUCCAUAUAAAAAAACCUGCAACUUUAAAGGGUCCAAAAAUCCCCUAGACUACAUGACAGUGACAGAAUAUUUAAAUGAGCUUCGAGUCUGUUUUGGAAUGUUCGUCAUUUCAAAUUGUAGCUUUCAAAACUUUCACACAAGCCCUUCAAAGGUGCUGUAAGCGAUUUUAGAAUGCUGAAGCUUUCACGUGACUGAGCCAUUGUAUUAGCCACGCCCCCUCAUUCCAAAACCCCGCCCUCCAAAUAUCAUUUUGAGACAAAAACCAAGCAAAACAGCAGCAUUGUUUGUUCCUGUGGCUGUCAAAUUCAACAGUGGCACAAUAGCGCCCUCAACUGACAAACUUGAAUCAUAGCUUCAAUGACCCGCUUCAAAUACUACACUAUGAGAACGAGCAAAAUGAUUGACAGGUGAAAAGCGUCAGAUAGAGAUAUCUCAGUACACUGAUUUCAUUAAUAUCUUUAAUUGAGUAGGACAAAUGUUUGCAUACUUUUCCAUUAAAAAAAUCACUUAAAGCACCUUUAAUCUACUUUAAAAUUCUAACUUCAAGCAUUUAAAUCUAUUUUAAACUUUCAGACAAAGUUUUGUCAAACCAACUG